AUGACGACGACGACGACGACGACGACCAAGGCGUCGACGACCAAGGCGACGACCAAGGCGACGGCGACCAAGACGGCGCAGCGCCCCGUCGCGACGCGCGCGGCGCCGGCGAAUGCGACGAAGCAGGCGAGCGCCGAGUUCGAAGCGCCGAAUCAGUACGGAUACUUCCCGUCCGCGAUCGAGGCCGCGAGGAAGAAACGCGCGACGCAAACUGGGUUCGACAAGCAAGUCAAGAUGACGAAGGCGGAGCAAAAAGAACGUUUCAGCUCGCUGUGCUCGAAGCAUCCCGAGCUGCAAAAGUGCAGAGACGACUACGUGUCGCCGCUUCGGGUGAAACCGUCGACGCAGAGCGUCAUCAACGGAAGCGUCGUGCGCAGCGAUGGUAUCAUUUUAGUGCCCGGGAAUAAGGAUGACUUGGUGACGUGGGCGCUCGAUCCCGCCAUGUCCGGCGACACGCUCGGAUUGUUGCUCCCGACGCUCUUCAUCAUCAUCGGCGCGCAGCUCAAGCAAGCCGCGGGGGUGCCGGAGUACGUCUCUGGCGCGGUCGGGGUGACGACCAAGCUCAUAGCCACCGGUCUCGUCGCGUUGUACUGGGUGCCAAACUUUGUGAACUAA